AUGGGCACUGGAGCAUCGAGCACCUUGAAAGACGCCACCCAGGAUGAGCUGAAGACACUGGUGAACUCCCUUCCCAAGGAAGAUGUUUCAAAGUUGUCACGGGCCAUCGAACUCCUGGACAGCCGACCUCGUGGAGUUCAGCAGAUGUGUUCGCAACACUCCACGCUGCGUUUCGAUGCAUCACGUGCCGUUCCAAAGAAGGUGAUGAUAGAGAUCCUGGAGGGUUUGCGCAGUGUGCCAUCCUCUGCCAACACUCAGCCAUGGACGAUUGUGGUGGUACAAGGCGACAAAAAGGCGCAGUUGGCUGCAGAACUCGUGGCCAAGUUGGACGCCAACGAUGCUGGCACCAGCGAGUACGCGGACCUUCCAAGUGCCAUGAUCCCGCGCAUGGAGAAAGCAGUGAAUGAGUACAGGAAGGAUCAACAGGCCACCCUGGAGGGCACCAAAAGUGCCAUUGCUUCAGCACCUUUGCACGUCCUGGUGACUGCACCAGUGGGGCCCUGUCUGAAGGAGGAGCCACCCGUGGAUGGUGUGUACCUGGACAUGGGCUCAGCGAUGACGGCCAUCUCCAUGUGUGCGCAGGAUCUGGGCCUGGGCGUCCACUGUGACUUUGCGGUGGCGAAGUAUGGCAGCGUCUACAAAGAGGUCCUGGGCGACGAGUUUCCGGAGGAUCACUUCGUCAUUUGCGGCAUCAGCCUGGGCUAUGGUCAUGAUCCACAGCCGGCGGCCUGUUUGAACAGAUUGCCCGUGGAUGAGACCACGCGAUGGACGACUUGCGAUCCAGCUUGGCUAAUGGCGCCAGCCACUCCUUUGCCACCUUCAGCCUAUGGUUUGAUGCACCUCGUGUCCUCCCGGCAUUGCUCCCAUAGUCUGGACGUGUCCAAAGUGGUGCCCAAGGACCUGAUCUCCGACAUCUUGGCGGCCGCCCGCUGCGUCACGUCCAUCGCGAACUCGCAGCCCUGGGCUGUGACGGUGAUCCAAGGGGAAGCCAGGGACAAGCUCUCCAAGGCGAUGCUGGACUACUUCGAUGCAGGGAACAAUGGCGGUCAAAGUUACAAGAAGUACAGCACCCAAAACACCGCCAGGAUGCAGAAAGGCAAGGACCAGUACGGUUUCGAGUUGUACGAGCAGCGCCACGGCCUACAGCGCGACGAUGCAGACGGACGGCGACAGAAGUAUCGGCCCAACUAUGAGUCCUGUUGCUUUUGA